AUGGGUCUGCUUACGGGAAGCCGCCAACUCGAUGCGGCCGAUGCCCACAACUUUGGUGUGGAUUGGGUCAUCCACUACCAGUUUGAGGAUACUGAAAUGCUGAAGGCCAUCGAAGAAUUCCGAACCCUCAUCAAAGAUCUGCAAGAUGCGAAAUUACAAGUGCAAGUUCGCCCUGGCUAUGGCGCUUCGUUGUUGCUGUGCAUCCGCGUCCCCCGCGACCAUCUGGGGAAUAUGGUCUAUAAAUCUCGAGUAAAGGAUUGGCUGUAUGGAAUUAUCCACGAACUCCCCAUCGGCGACGAGCACACUUCGAUCGACUCCGAAACACCGGCUGAAGAACUGCGAUCCGUAUACCACGCCGUCACCUGGUCCAAGGCACUCGGCGGUGCGGGCGUCACCGCGCAGUUAGGCCCGUGGAAGAACGUGGCCAGCACCUUCCCUUUGCAUGAUCCGACCGCCAACGCCAAAUUAUUGCGCAAAUGGAGUCACACGCUAUUGCUAAACGCAGAGGAUCUGGAUGCGAUUCGGGCCUUGUAUGGAGAGAAGGUCGCCUACUAUUUCGCAUUCAUCCAAUGCUACUCGACGUUCUUGGUCUUCCCUGCGGCAUGGGGCAUCUUUACAUGGCUCUAUCUAGGACCCUACUCGAUUACGUCCGCUCUGGUCAACUGCCUCUGGUGCAUCGUGUUUGUCGAGUAUUGGAAAAUCCGAGAAACCGACCUCAGCCUCCGAUGGAACGUCCGGGGCGUGGGGGCCUUGAAAGUGAAUCGCCCGCAGUAUGUAUGGGACAAGGAAGUACGCGACUCUGUCACGGGGGAGACCGUCCGUGUUUUCCCGGCGCACAAACAAUUUCUUCGCCAGCUGUUGCUGCUGCCCUUUGCCUCAAUUGCCGGUCUCGCAUUGGGUUCAUUGAUCGUGGUGACAUUCGCCAUGGAAAUCUUAAUCUCGGAAGUCUACACCGGCCCAUUCAAGGAAUACCUCGAGUUCCUUCCGACCGUCCUUUUCUCCCUGUCACUUCCGUGGAUCAACGAUACCCUGACGGACAUGGCCACCAAAUUAACCGAUUACGAAAAUUAUCGCACCCAGGACCAGUAUGACAUUGCACAGACCACAAAAACCUUCGUCAUGAACUUCAUCACCUCUUUCCUCCCCACGAUCCUCACGGCAUUUGUCUAUGUCCCAUUUGGCGCCCGACUGCUGCCGUAUCUCGAUGUGAUCCGCGUUGGAAAGCUGGCAACGGCGUUCGACACCCGCCGAGUCCAUAUUGAUCCCUCGCGGUUGCAACAAGAGGUCAUUUACCUCUCGGUGAUGGGACAGGUCAUGAGCUUUGGGGAGGAGAUUGUGCUGCCCUACGUGAAACGAGUGGUCAUGCAGAAGUGGCGCGACUAUCGACAAAAGAAUGUGCCUGCUGGACAAGGCCGUCGUUAUUCCUACCGAACCGACCAGCUUUUGAACGAUUCCCCGGCUGAGGCAUCCUUUCUGUCGAGAGUCCGGAACGAGACUGAAGCCGACGAGUACAACGUCCACGACGAUACACUAGAGAUGUGCGUUCAGUACGGGUAUCUAGCACUCUUCGGCGCGUCAUGGCCGCUGGUACCGCUCGGUUUUCUACUCAAUAACUGGCUGGAGCUGCGGGGAGACUUCUUCAAGUUGAGUCUCGAAUGCCAGCGGCCGCCCCCCAUCCGAGCCGAUUCCAUUGGGCCGUCGCUCCAAGGAUUGGAGAUUCUCACUUGGCUCGGAACUUUGUCCACUGCAGCCAUCGUUUACCUGUACCGCGGCAACAUGGCCGACGUGCGUUUAUCCACUCUCCUCUUGAUCCUCCUUGCGGCGGAGUGGGCAUAUCUAGGGCUCCGGUUCGUUGUACGGACGGCUGUGGAGAAGAUCGCCACCGGCUCGCUUCGCAAAGAGGCCGCCAAACGAUAUGCGCUUCGCAAGAACUAUUUGGACUCCCUUACACGAAGUACAUCUCCUAAGGGUCGACAACGCGUCCGCUUCGAAGACCGUGUCAAUGUUUAUACCACGGGAACAGAUGUCAGAACGAACUCUCAGGAGUUCCUGCACCCCGGUCAUCAUGAGACAUCAAGUGAGCAGCGCUUCUGGUCUUGUGCCGCCCAGGACACCGCGGACGCCGGCGUUCGGUUGAUUAAAGCCCUCUGCAUGGGAGAUCGGGUGCAAUCAGAGAAUAAGUCCGAGAAGAUAAAAAAGUGCGCAUAG